AUGUUCUUGAAAAGUACAACAUCUCGUCUCCUCGCGUUGUGUGCUCUUUUUGCUGCGACGCUCACAUCCCAAGCCUUUCCUAACGGUGCUGGUACUUGUGACGUGGGCGGAAUAUCCAGUGGACAUGGACCGUCGAAAUUUACAGGGACUGGUGGAUACGCAAUAAAUGUCAAACCAAAAGACAUCACCAAGGGCAACUUUGACAUCUCCCUUUCGGGUAGUAAAUUUGAGGGUAUUCUCAUCUACGUUGUUGAUGCAAACCAAAAGCGUUUUGGCACGUUCACUGCUCCCCAAGGUCUCCAGUUUAAAACCUGUUCCGGUGGUCCUCAGACCACUCUCACUCACCAAGACAGUAAUCUAAAGGACCCCAGUAAACUAGUAAUGUCAUGGAGUUCAGGCGGUUCUGCACAGGGUAACGUCACUAUUCAGGCGGUGGUAGUUACCACGGAUCAGCCAUCCUAUUACACUCUUAAGCAGACGUUCGAUCUGGCUAGUGGUCAAGGAGCUACUGGUGCUUUCUUUGCAAAUUACACUUUAUUUGCUGUUAUUAUUGGUAUUGCUACAUUUUUAUAUGCAUUUGGCGCUGGAAUGGAGGCUCUUCUUAGGAGACAGCAGCGGAAGGCCAAGCAGUACGCUAAGGAUGUUACAAAUGGGUUUGCACGUUAG